GUUAUCGUUGAUAAACGGACGGCAAAGCCGCAGUCUUUUUUCAAAUCGGGAAUAGUGAUGAUCAUUUGACUCUUUUGAGUUUAGGCGUCUUGAUAUUAAAAAAUUACAUCCGAAUAAUACGAUUAUAGUGCGUCAAAAUGGUGUACUUACACUUUCCGACGAAUCUGACCGAAGAAGAACUCAUGCUGCAAAACAAGUAUCAAAAAUUGAGAAAAAAGAAAAAAGCAUUGCAAGUUCAAAAAACACCUCGUCCUGAACCUGAACCUUCGCCUGUACUCAAUCCCAAAAGGCCUAAAGAAACGGCUCGUGAUGCCAGGGAAAUAGCAAAAAAACUAUUGAAGUCUGGUGCUAUAGGACCAAUAAAAAAAGUACCGAAUCGUACAGACCAGGAAUCAUUUAAGAGACCUUGUGGAAUGGAACGUAAAUUGUUGACUACCACCCAGGCUUUGAGUAGCUAUCAACCAUUUUCAGCAGCUUCUCCUUCUCCAGUAAAGUCUGAUGUCAUUCCCGAUAGUACUCCAAAGGCUACUCCUACUACUAAAUUCUCUAAUUUAUAUAGUAGCUUUGUUUCUUCCACUUCUAAAACCACUCCACCAGCUCCAAGUUCACCAGAACCAGUUCCUGAAACACCUACUCGUAAAGAUAUCACUAUAUUUGUUGGAGGAAGUAGUUCAAUGACUGAAGAAUUUUUAAGAUCUACGUUUAGUAAAUUUGGUCCAAUAAUUAAUAUAUCAAUGGAAAUAGAAAAAAAUCGAGGGUUCAUCACUUUCAACUCCCCAGAUACUGCUGAGAAAGCAGUAACUCAAAUGAAUACUACUACAGUAUCUGGUAUUAAAUUAAAAGUUUCAAUUUCCCGAAAUCAACCUAUUGAAUUUGGCGAUAAAGGAGUUAAUUCGUGGAAUGCCAUUGCUACUAAUAAAUCUCAAAAGGGAAAUCAACGAGAUGAUCGUUCACUGGUGACAUAUGAUGAUUUAUUUUAAUAAGUUAUUUUUAUUUAUUUUAAAUUUUAAUUAUAUAAUAGAUAUUUUUUUUUUAUGACUGAGUGCUAAAAAUAAUAUGUUUAUGUAAUUUUUAUAAAUUGUUUAUUAAAAAAAAUAUAUUACUGA